UCCUCCUCAUUGGCGCAAUCUCGUCGAAACUGUAGGUCUAAUAAUCUCGUUAUUAAUCCGAUUGCUUUUCAUAGACUUGGUUUAAUUGGCUUAUUAUGCGCGGUGUGGUCUAAUGUUACAUCUUUGGACCCAAUGCGACGCAAAACGCGCGUUCCUUUCGCUUCAUUGGUGAGAUAGAUCUGUUCCGACGCCUGUGGUGAUGUUUCUCCUGCAGCUCGCUCUGCUGUUGGAGCCCACUGUUUGGCUUGCAGCCGUAGCCAGUCCUACCGACGAUAACGCUCUGAGAGGCGGCCAUGGAGAGCACGGAGAGCCGGGACACAAAGACCACCAUAAAGACUCAUACAGCACUUUCGCCUCGGAAUUCCUCGAGUCCAGAUAUCUUUCAGAUGAAGGUUAUCCCUUUCCAACUGCACCUCCUGUUGACCCGUUUGCUCGCAUCAAAGUCAGUGACUGUGGAAUAACCAAAGGUUGUAUCAGGUAUGGAAAGCCUGGCUGUGAUGCCGAAACAUGUGACUACUUCCUGAGUUACAGGCGCAUUGGCACAGAUGUGGAGUUUGAGAUGAGUGCAGACACAGAUGGCUGGGUUGCUGUGGGCUUUUCUUCUGACAAGAAAAUGGGAGGUGAUGAUGUCAUGGGCUGUGUCCAUGAUGAUAACGGGCGGGUGAGGAUCCAUCAUUUCUACAACGUGGGUCAGUGGGCUAAAGAGAUAAAGCGUAACCCUGCACGGGACGAGGAGGGAAUCUUUGAGAACAACCGCGUCACCUGCCGCUUCAAACGACCUCUGCAUGUGCCCCGAGAGGAAACGCUGGUGGAUCUGCAUCUCAGCUGGUACUACCUGUUCGCCUGGGGACCUGCCAUACAGGGUUCCAUUACAAGGCACGACAUUGACACUCCACCCGUGUCUGAUCACAUGAUCAGCAUUUACAAAUACGAGGACAUUUUCAUGCCUGCUGCUGCCUACCAGACUUUCUCCUCCCCUUUCUGCCUCCUCCUCAUCGUGGCCCUAACCUUCUACCUCCUCAUGGGCACCCCAUAACCAUGACGACCUGCCAGUGAGGCGCUAAGGGCACCAGGGUGAGCUGCUAAACUCACCCUGGAGUCUGCAACAAGCAGGUGUAAUGGCCAUCUAAAGUGUUACAGACUGGCAGCAAUAAAGCAGCAUCUGAGAAAAAUCACAAAGCUAUUUACUGAAAUAAUUAGAAUAGAACCAUCUCCAGCAAGCUAGACUUCUGUAGCGAAGUACAGAUUAGGAAGAGGGCUACAUUACUAUUAGCCAUAUUUAUUAAUCCAGUGUGUAUUACUAUAAGACAAAUUCAGGAUGCCAUAGAGGUGACAUGCCUUUUUGCGAGAUGUACGCACAAUGCCUCUGGUCUUGUCAGCUUUUCUUUUUUUUGUCAGGUGCAUCUCCUGUAUGUGUUAUGUAUUCUUGUGAUAUGGCAUGUCAAAUCAAGUGCCAUAGCAUGUAGCUGGGCAAGGUGUCGGUUUGUUCAAAGCUGUAUGUUUAGCAUCCUGUACUAAGUGGUACUGCAUUUUCCCUGCCAUUAGAGGGAGCUGCAUUAAUAAUCUUAAUCCACAACUGAUGACCAGGAACCCAAACAUACACGAUAUGUCCAAAAGUGUCCAGAUACCAUUUGUAAUUGGUGGAUUUGGGUCCUUUAAAUGAAUGGUUUUGCUAAAAGUCACAUUUUCACAAUUUUCUACUUAGCACAGAUCGAUCAUACAAGACUUGUUUAUUUUCUAAAUUGUGCUUCAUUUACCACUGAGGUCACAAGGCUAAUGUUGCUAACAAACUUUAGACAUCAUUAGUCACUUAAAUCUUCUUCACAAAUACAUCCCCAAAACUUCUCUCAAGCUACUCAUUAGGGUCGCAAAUGCAGUUUAACAUUUGUGAUUACUGUUGUUUCUGUUUAUAAAUUUAAAUUAAUUAACUAAUUAAAAUUAAAUAAGUUAUUUUCAAGAAAACGCCCAUGAUCUAGUUAUGUUUAACUACACAGUAGGGUAGAUAGUAAAGGUAGUAAAUUUUUAAUUAAUUGAAAAAUAAUUGAUUAAUCAGCUUAAAUCUGGCCUGUAAAUGUGAAGACAAACUGAUUUACUAUCCAACAAAAAAAUGUAUUACCUGUCCAUAAGUUUGAAGUACUUUAAUAUAAUAAUAAUAAUAACAAUAAUAAUAAUAACAACAACAACAAAGUAUGCAUAUUACAGUUAUAGGUCUUCAGGCUGCAGUGUCUUUUAACCGGUUUAACAUUUUAAUAUGCCAGUUCAUUUUCAGGAUGAGCAGAUGGCCUGAUGUCUUUGCUUGUGGUUGAAGGCAAAGUUAUACUUAUGUGUCUUGUAUUGUGUGUGACUACUUGAUCCUUCAUUUUUCAUUCAUCCAGAUUUCUUUAACUUUCAGACUUUAUUUUUCUUUUGCUAUCUGCUUAUAUUGGUACAACACUAUAAGUGCAUGGCUUUUUCUUCAAGUUCAGCUGUUAACUCGCUCUAGGCUGGACAUCAUAUUGAAAAUGUAAAUUAAAAAUCAGCCCUACUACAUGGUGAAGUUCAUUUUAAUUAAGUCAAGCCGUGCCCUAAUUAAUAUCAAAUGGUCUGUGUGACCCUAAAGCACAGUGCAGCUUGGUUUUUCCAAAUUUCUGCUUAAAGCUGUAAAGAACAACAAUAAAAAAAAUCAGAGUGGUUUGAUGUUUGUUUACAUCUCAACCACUGAAUGUUGAGGAAUUCUUUGAAAAAAAAAUGGGGGAAUUCCCAUUUCUCAAUCAGACUUCAUUCAGUUGAUAGUACAGAUUUUAAACUUGUUGGAUACCUCAUUUGUUAGUAUGCAAAAGAGGAGAUAUUUUAUUAUGAUUUCAGUUUGAUGUAAAGUUACUGUAGUUCACACAGUCAUCUUUGGUGGAAAAGUAAGUUUUACAAUCUUUUUUACAAUCAAACUUUUGUAAAAGUUUUUUUUUUUUUGCCUUACCCAGCCCCACCCUCAAGCAAAAAAAAUAAAAUUAAAAUAGAAGCACACACUCAAAGCUGUUGAUGCUGAAAUCAAAUUAAAUGUAAAUGUAAAUACCAAUUUGAAUAGUACAGCAAAAAAAUAACUUCCAAGGGUUACAUUGCACUGCAAUUUGUCAAAUUCAAUACUGAGUGUCAGCUAUAGUGGUAUAAAUCUUCCUGUUAUUAAGCUGUUGGUGGAAGCCAUGGAAUUACAUUCUUUGAGGUGUUGAAACUCCAUUGAACACCUUUAGACUGAACCCGAAAGCUGUUUGUGAUCCAGAGGUUACCCUAUGUAACCUAGUACCCAUGCCUGACCUCACUAAUGCUCUUAUGGCUGAAAAGAAUCAAUGGAAUUGCUAAAGCAACAUUCCCGUCUGGUGUAAAGCCUUCUUAGAAGAAUAGAAGCUUGUACUGCAAGCAACAAGGGGCCAACUUCCUAUUAGCAUGCUUGAUUUUGGAAGAAAUGUUGGGCGUCUGGAAACUUUUAGACAUAUAGGGCCCGUUUGUCAAUCCUAGAUUAAGCCUGUGCCCAGACUACUAAUUGGCUUUGCCACUUAGUCCAAGACUAGACUUAAUCCAUGUCUACAAAACUGGUCCAUAGUGUUUAUGUUCUGCACCAUAAAAGAGGAAACCCUAUAUAAUGUAUUGAACUGAAUACAAUUAGCUUUGUUAGCUAUAAACAAUUUUAGAUGAUUGUGAAGUGAGGCUUGUGACUGAGUAAAGCGUAGCAUGCAGAUAACUUCAGGCCCUUGUACACACUCAUCUGCGCAACCACAUAUCGCAAGAUCAGUAUUAGAAAUGUGAGCCAGCUAAAGCAUGCCAGCAAACAAGCAUCUUCUGAGCCAGUCCAUCUGACCACUUUGACCACUCGACCACGAAAGAUCCAGAAACAGAUGAAGAAGCUCUGGACUUCACACCAGAAGACUCUGACACCUGUCAUUUUACUUUAGUGCCAUACGGACAUUCACAAACCCCACUUGGGAAUGUUUACUGCCUGCAAAAAAAAAAAGUUUGGGGACAGCUAGCUUUGUCUUUAUACAAAUAAGCGUGUUUUCUUUGUCGGUUUACAAUAAAUUAAUAUAUUAGAAAGCUGUGCUGUACAGUACUGUGUAAAAACAACAGACCAAGCUUUCUUUUAUAGAAUUUACAGGCAAACUGACCAUUAAAUGUAAGUUAUUCAUUUUUCAGUGUGAGGAAAAAGCGGGAAAUGUAUACAUACAUAUGCAAAAAUUGUUUCAUGUGGAAAAAUAAAAUUUUGUUGAUUUUCUAAAUGAAAAUAAGUACACAUCCUCUACAGAGAACACACUUUUGUACAUCUCAAUGCAAAAUUACUGAUUAUUUGCUGAAGGUAUUUUAUAUUUUAUGUUUUUUUUUAGAUGUUAAUGUAAGCAAACAGACACUUUGUGCUGUAGAGGAUAUGUCAAGUUAUUUUACUGUAGAAAAUCAAUAAAACAUUAUUUGACCAUGGUGUUCAAGCUUUUGCAAGCAGUUAAAUUUAACAAAACAUUACAUAAAAGCAGAAGCCUGAGAAUUACUCAGAAAGGUUAUCAAAAAAGAUGCACUAGAACAUGAAAACUGGACAUCUGAGACAUGGAAUAGGGUUAUAUGGGGACUUGUUAUUAUUAUUUAUUUAUUAUAUCAUUAGAAUUAUAAUGAUUUCCAUAGUGAGAAGCAGAAUCUGCAACCAACUUCUAAGACUGAACUUGAAGUGGAGUGAAUAACAUCCCUGCAGAUUUCUUUUAAAAAACUGAAAGCAUGGGCACAGUAAAUACUGAAAGUGUGGGCACAAUAAAUACUGAAAUACAUCUGUCUUUUUCUGUUAAAUGUUUUCUGCAUGCUGAAAAAUUAAUAACUUGAGGAAAUUAAAUAAAUGAAGUGUGAUCUCUGAAUCUUAAUCUUAUUUAACAAUACCUAAAACAUUUAGGAAGAUGACAAGGUGUUCCCAAACUUUUUAUAAGCAGUGCAAGUCUAAAAUAAUAUUUUUGUCUUUGUACAUUGUUAUUAUGUCUCCUGGUGUUUAAGGUUGGAACUCUAAAGACUGAUUGUACCUGAAUUUGAUCUGUACCUGAAGGCCAAGAUCUCAUUAUUCAGCAAUGUAGCACAUUCUGAUUCUUUGUUUGUGGUGUUAUGUCCCACAGGCUGAUUUAUUAUUAACAAAUAUGUGGCUAUAUUAACAUGCAUUGUUUGUUUGUAAAAGUGGUAGUGGUUGUACUGCAUGUACUGGACAACAUGCAAUAAUCCAACUCCAA